AGCCGAUUUAUGUAGUAUCUAAAAGUACAAGCUUUUUUAGUCAGCUGAUCUAUUUAGCUCGGUAUAAUUCUUCGGAAUAGUUUUCCAGCAUAUUUAGCUAGUAUUCUAGCAAAAACUAAUAGAAAAAGUCGAACAUUAUAAAAAUAGUCAUUACCCUGAUUCUGCAAAAUAAUCGAGAUGUCUACUGUAAUUCAAACCGUUCUCGGAUCCAUCCAACCAAAUCUCCUUGGUCGCACGUUAACUCACGAGCACUUCGGGAUUAACUUUGAAGGAUUCGCUGUGCCAGGUCCGGAAGAUUUAAAACCGUUUCUAGAGAAAAGGAUCCAUCUUGAUAAUGUCGGUUUUGUGCGCCAAUAUCCCUACUCUUCUCAUGAUAACAUAAACUUCCAUGACGAAGAAGCUCGUGAUGCCAUCAAGAAAGAUAUUGAGCUUUUCAAGAAGCUCGGUGGUAACUCCAUUGUGGAGAAUACUUCUCAUGGAUUGAAGCGUGAUUUGGAAUUUAUGUAUGAAAUUUCGCAAGCAACGGGAGUCCACGUGAUAGCCGGAACGGGCCAUUACAUUCAUAAUUUGCAGUCCGAGGAUAUCCUCACUAUGGGAGUUGAAAAAAUGACUGAUUUGUAUUCAAAGGAGAUUAUCACCGGCGUAGAAAUCAACAACGGGAAAAAUAUUGUCAAAUGUGGAUUUAUCGGCGAAGUUGGAAGUGGAUAUCCUUUACAUGAAUUCGAAAAACAUGCUAUUCUAGCCACUGGAGAAAUACAAGAAGUUUUGGGAUGUGGUGUUUCGUUCCACCCAGGUCGGGAUCCGAAGGCUCCAUUUGAAAUUGUCCGGCAUUAUUUGGAAGCAGGUGGAAAAGCAGAAAAAUGUGUGAUGUCACACUUGGAUAGGACAAUUUUCGAUGUUGACGAACUGCUCGAAUUCGCAAAAUUGGGAACAUACCUUCAAUUUGAUUUAUUCGGAAUUGAGUGCUCAUAUUAUCAACUGAACCCAGAUGUUGACAUGCCUUCAGACGGUCAACGCAUUAAUACCUUGAUGAGAUUAAUUGCUGAAGGACUUGAAGACAAAAUAAUGAUGUCCCAUGACAUCCACAGCAAGCAUCGUUUAACUUCAUUCGGAGGACACGGUUAUCAUCAUAUCUACACAAAUGUUCUCCCCAGAAUGCACGGUAAGGGCUUGACUGUGGAACAAGUCGAAAAAAUAACAGUUACGAACCCAGCUAACUGGCUUCAGAUGAAGAUUUAAGGAAGUGUUCAUUGAAAUAUGGUUAUAUCUUUACUUACAGUAGUUAAUCAGACAUUUACUCGUUGUAUUCAAUAUUAAAAUACUAGAUACUUUCGCAGCUUGAAUUUUAAUUUGCUUAUAAACAUACAUAGGAAUGUAAUUCUUCAAAAAAUGGACUCAUUCUUGAGUUUCACUCUCAGAUUCUGCUGUUUCCCAGUCGUCCUCGGAAUCCUCUUCGAAAUCAUUGAAAUCUUCCUACAAUAAAGCAAGUAGAAAGCUACAAGUUAUUCUUUAAAUACUAUCUUAUCGGGUUUGUAAUUACAAUACUCGCAGUUUGAAUAUUUAUGUCAAUUUGCAAUCGAAUUCCAGCUGCCAUUAAAACUGUUGUUAAAACAAGCGGAAUUGUUAUGCGAGACUUCCACGCUAAAUUUGUCAGAAAUAAAAAAACUUGUCCAAACUUCGAAUCCAUAUAUGAAUAAAUUAGACCAUGAAAUCAA